AUGCCUGUGUUCAUCCCUCCCAUGGCUAAACCCAAGGACCUGCCUCCAAAUAUAAUCAUGGUUGAAAAUCAAAUAAGGGAUAUUUUAAGAAAAGCAGAUUGUAAUGGAGAUGGUUAUCUAAGCAAGGAUGAGCUGAAGAAAGCUUUCAAGGAUUUUGGUUUCAAGUUACCUGGAUGGAGAGCAUGUCGUUUUCUGAAGAAAGUUGACGCCAACCACAACGGUCAACUCACCAUGGAGGAACUUGACAUUAUUGUCGAUUAUGCUCUUCCUAGGUACAAGGUUUAUGCCAAGUAG